GCCUGUUCUGCUCGUGUACUAGCGCCGCCACAACAGAGGGACUUUCUGCAUACUACAGAGCGAAGUGCGCACGCGAGCUGCUUGAGGUUUCUGGCUUUAAACUUGUACGGCUCUGCGGCAAAUGAAUAGAAAAAAGGGCCCAACGAUGAAGCGCGAGCAACAUGGGAACCCUUCGGCCCUUCCAUAUCGUCGCCCAGUGAUCGGGGGCCGACCCUUCUGUCAGCUUUUCGUCUUCUGAGGGCGCUAUGGUGCGCCUCAACUGUAACAAAAUAUGGCUUCCGCGGUCCGCGACGAAAUCCAUUCCCCCGGCAAUAUGGGCGGAAGCAAUGACGGCCUCCAACCUGGAAAACCCUUCGCCGAGCGCUUCGGACGCCUCGGGGCGGGAACUGGUAUUAGCAAAAGCCUCAAGACCCCCCGCCCUCUUGGGGGGCCUUUUUCUGUUUUGCAUCCGCCCGGCUUGUCCUAGAUCAGGCCCGGCCUAUCCCGAUGUGCUUCGUUCGUGGGGCGUGCCGUGCGCACUCGUUUCAAACAGCCUGGCCGUGUCAUCUGUUCUUUCCAAUUUUGGGCCUACACUCAAAACAGGUAGCUUGGAUGAUAUUUCAGCUAAACCGCGCGACCCACCCACAGACGCGCGAAAGUGCCACGACAACCAUCUACGAGAAAUACGACGCAGCAUUUGAAAAGUUAGGCCUUACUCCAUACGACCGAUACAAGCUGCGACAGCGGGGCGAGACCAAGUUGCUCCGGCUCGCCAGUGUUCUGGAACAAAAAGCCGAGGGGACAGAGUACGAGGUCGCCAAAAAAGCAGAGACCGUCUGCAGGUCAGCCGGUGUCGCAAACACCGACAGGCUCCGCAUCUUGCAUGCCGUGGACCAGGCGCAGUGGGACUGCUUGCAACUCGACCACCAGGGGAAGUUGCUUGGUUUGUGUUACAACUCGGACGAAAGUCAGAAAAACUUCCAAAAGUUGCAAGGGCCGAACCUCGUGACGACGACAACGGCGCACAACCUCCCACCAACAACGCAAAUAUGGACGCCGCUGCCCUUCGCGGGUCUACCCCGAAAGCGCGACGACGACAAUUACGCGUCUCUCUGCCAGGCGUAUUUGUUUUUGAUCGAAGUGAACCGCUACGCCCCAAUCGCUUUGCGGGAGUUAUUUGCUGGCGGCGCCGUGCUCCCAACCGUGCCCAUCACGUUCCUACAAGACCAAGCAAGCUGGAAUCGCCGCGCGGCUUACUUUUUAUCCCAGCUUGCGAAACUAAUGAUCCAGACGCCAAUACUCCACCGCCUCGAUAACAGCGUUGCAAUUUCGGGGGACUUGAAACUUUUGAACAAGGAGCUACAGUAUGUGUUAACGAAUCCGGACCAGGUCACGACGUUGCGCGAAGGCCUGGAGCGGUUGCGGGAUUGCCUCGCACAGGAGCAGCGGGCCAGCGUAGCCAGCCGGGAUCUUGCGCUUUUUGACGAGGCUUCCAUGUUCGCCGGGGGCAGCAAGGAAGCUUUCAAGGCUUGCGAGAAAGUAAUCAACGCCCGAUAUAGUGGGGCCGGAUACCGUUGGUGUGGGAUCCUCUACAUGCUGCAGUACGUGGGCGAAAACUAUGACGGGCUGCGCCUUCUGCUAGCUUCCACGGGCGCAAAGAAGGGGACAAAGAUCGCCAACGUUCUCGAAAUUCUGAACCGAGUAACGCCGAAGGCGAUCCGCGUGACCGUCACCACCUGGGCGCCGUACUUCGAGUUCUACCAAGAAAUCUCCUGCAGGGCAAGCGAAAAAUCCAACAACUGGUCCUUCAUCCAGAGCAGCGUGGAAAAGUUGCAGACGCCGGUAGUAAAGCAGGAGGCCAACCCCCUCGCGCUGGAAGUAGAUGGGCAGGACCUUGCGCAGGCACUGCGGUGCUACUUCUUCUCUGCUGCCUCGGUAUGGGCCGGGGAAUCCGCGACACUGCUCCCUUUUGCGGCCUUUCAGCAGACCGACCCGGAGCUGCAACACCAGCAACAGCUUCAGGCCAACCUCAUCUCCCUCGGCUCCCACCUGCACAAGGCGGUGGAACGCAUACCCGAACGGCUCCGACCGCCUUUGGUGAUGCAACAACUUUACUCCGACUUGCACGCGGCGAAAGCGGCCGGCGCGUCUACGGUCCCAGCGGCAGCAAGAACCUACCUGCAGAGGGCCCUACGGACUAGUUUGCGCGACGAGAAGCUUCAGGAGGACGCUUUUCAUGGGGCGGGGGUCAAGAAUCUGUCGGCGACACACCGGGAAAUUCCAAUUGGAGUGCAAGAGGGAAAAAUACUACCGGGUGCCCCCCGUCUUCCUUUGGCGACCCGACACGACAAACUUGACCGCGAAGGGAAAGAUGACUAUCCGCGAAGUAAGUUCCUGCCGCGCCCCCCUUGUGAGCUCGGGGAUUCCGGCGACCUGAUGAACAAGACCUACGGCGACUUGUUGCACGAGCGGGGAACGGACCUGGCCGCGAAUGGUUCGGAGGAGCGCGAGGAGCUGAAGGCGCGGUUUGACGGAUUGGCGAGGAGGAAUCAGCGCGCGGACAUUUUGCAGGACGAAAUCCAGCUACCGCAGUGGCCACGCCUGCGGGAGGAGAUUCUGCAUGGAACGGCGUCGCCGGCGCCGUUCGUCCAGGCAUUUGCCCUUGCCGCCGCCGCGAACUUCCCGCAGCAGAAGUUCACUCAGCAGCAGCAGCAACCUGCGCCAGCAACUGUCUUCUCGGCCCCCCUGGAGGAGCACAUGGCCUACGCGAAAUCCUGCGGCAAGCUCUUGGUCUUGGCACAGCAAAGUCCGAUCCUGCUCUGGCACAAAAAGCAGCGGCAGUACUACUGGUAUCUCGGUGUGCGCGACUUUUAUGUUUGUGUUCAGCGACAGAGCCUGACCGAGAUUCCUGGGACUUCUUCAAGCGUCGGUGGCGGCCGGAUCGGUAAUGGGGUCGGCAGUCUGCUUGCGGCCCCCGGCGGCGUGAGCAGCAGUAGCAGCAGCAGCAAUCCCUCAAAACGAUACGGCUUCCAAAUUUUCCCGGCAGAAGAAGCAGCACCCCCGUCCGGGGAGGUGAUGUUCUACCACAAGAACAGCCGCACGCGGAUCGCGCUGCUGGGCGACACCUGGUAUGCGGCGCGCUGCGACCGCGGAUUCGUGCGCGACAAUGUGCUUUUUUUCGAACAGCCCGAGGUCUACCACACUUUCCGGACGUUUUUGGAAGUCGAACACAUCGCGACCAGCGAGCUUGUGACCAUCAUGGCGUAUGAGUUUAGUCGCGGCGGCGCCGACAGUGCUACUGCCCCCACCGGCAGCAGCAGUAGCAGCAGCAGCAGCAGUAGCUCCGCCAGCACUCUGCUCGGUCCCGCCUCUUCUGCAGUGCCUGUUUCGCAACUUCGACCCGCCGUCCCAUCCUACAGCGACAUUGCCGGCCGGCUGAAGAAGAAGUGCCGCCAGGACCUGGAGGAGUUGUGGCGGGGGGAGAAAAUGUUUGUUCUCGAGGAGAACCCACUCGAAACAACUGACCGCGACAUCUUCUUUUCCGAGCCCUCCCUGCCAGUCCAGCCGCAACAAGCCCCGGCCACAACGCGAGAGCGGUCGCCGCGCCGCGAACCGGGCCCCACGAUCAAUACUGGAUCAGCUGCAAAUGGAACGGAGCCGGCCGCCGGUAUUGUUGCUGCCCGGGUCAAGUCCUCCCACAGUGUCCUCGUCAAGCCGCGCGCGGAGCGGGAGCUGGCGCGGGUUUUUUGCACGUUCUGCGACGACGUUAUGCCAGUGAGAAGUGUCCCCGUCGCAACCCCAAUCCAAAACAGUUUCUAUGUGCCUGCGCCCAAGCUGGCGACCUUCCUAUGCAUGCAAAAGCCUGCGGGCUGGUUCUACGUUCCUGCACCCCACACCCCCGACCGCCCCUCGUCGGGUUUGCAGCUGGUUUGAUUUUGUAUAGGCGCAUGGCGCCUCCCUGGGGGCCAACUUUGUCUUGCAUAUUAGGCGCCCGGCGACGUAUGUAUUUUCCCCUCCGGGGCCGUCCGAUGGCGGACCACCGGCCAGCAGGCACAUAGAAAGUCUUUGUUUGGGGGUGGGACGGGGACAUUUUUCAAUGGAAUCGUCGAGAUAGGGGUAGUAUUUAUCGGACAAUGCAGCGCCGCGCCGGAGAAGUGCAGGACGCGGCUCACGCAGCUCGUCGCGAAACCGCCGGCCGCCCCCACCCAAGCCUCCCAGAAAGCGGACGCCAACAAAAAUCAGACGGAGUGGACGACCACGGUGGGCAUCAGCAGCGACGACGACCGCCUGAACUGGGAGAGGAUCUUGAGGUGGGUGCCCCAGCGCACCAAGCUGCACUGUGCGUGCAGGAUGGACAUCGACGAUGGGGGCACUGCAGCCGAAAAUCUGAACCCAUUCAAAUUUGAAAGAGGGCAGGACCUCCACGCAAACGCUUUUUCAAACGCUUGAACACGCAGAAAGAAAUAUGAAAAAACAAACCCGAAUUCUGGGGAUAUGGGUUCUUCCCCCAGAAAACAACUUACUAACUUCACCCCCCUAUCCAGUGUGUUCCUGCCAAACAUGUACUUCGGCCGUUUUUCUGGUCUAAUCAAGUGCGUUCUUAGAGGGCAUCUUCUUUAGAUUGGUUUGGACUAGGAACAACGACAUAAUUGUAGCGGUUUUAUGAUAUCUACUUGCGGACAGUGUGUAGCAGGUGCAGGCGGUUGGGAACAAUGAAACAGAAAAGAUUGACUUGGACCACUUGGUGAGAUGACAAGCAACUAAGUACGCGGUGAAAGGUCCCGCAGUUUUUACGACACAUGCGCAAAGUACAAAAACAAGAAAUGGUUUAGUAGGGCGUGGUGAGCAGUGAGCAUUUGCUCAAGUGAUGAAGACGAAGAGAAACGAUCUUCCGUAAGAACGUGACGCACCCUGAAAAUACUGCGAAAGAAGUUUUGCAGAAACAGUAUUAGUUUUGCAAGACAACAACCUCGCUAGUGGUUUUUCACGAGGACUAGAAACGGAUUCAGUGACCGGAAAAAUCGUGCGCACAAGUUGCUGACACUCGCUCUAUUCCUGUAUUGAAUCGUGAGAAAAGUUGACAACUUGUCAGAAAUCACCAGCGGGGGCCCCGUCGGAAUGUGUGAAAAUUACAGACAAGUGCAGCGGAGUGGUUUACUCAAAAAACGAGUUGAAUAGCAUAGUAGUACUUGCAGGUACAAAACCUCCAACUGCGAAGACGAAGAUCGCUGAGCUACCAGCAGGCGCCGAAUAUCUGAGAUAGAAAGGAAAUUCCUGCAC